AUUAUGUGUCCCUCUGUUCUUAGAUCCGAAAGCCGCUGGUGGAGAAGCAGCGACGGGAGCGCAUGAACCACAGCAUCGACCAACUGAAGCGGCUCAUAGCGGACACCAUUAGAGAACAGACGUCUCCCAUGACGCGUGUAGACAAGGCUGACAUUCUGGACCUCACAGUGCUACACCUUCAGCAGCUUCAACAACGCCACCGCUCAGUUUCCAUGGCAACCGAGUCGGUCGCCUACACAUCCGGGUUCCAAGCUUGUGCAAGGGAGGUAAUCACGUACCUUACCUCUCAGAAAUCUGCCGAUAUGAAGACGAUCAAAGCGCUGAGUGAUCAUCUACAAGCGACGCAGCAUGUUCCUCAAAGGUGUGUUCGAAAUCAGAUGCCCGGUGGAUAUCAGAUGUCUACCCCAGUGAGAAUAAAUGACGUCAGCAAAAUGUCGACAAAUACUCUCAACACUCCGGAUUUUUCUCCCAUCACAUACGCAAGUGCGUUUUCUAAAGGAUAUUACCAUGAGCGACCUUUCUCAGAAAGCAAUUCAAGCGUCUCGCUCUCAAGCAACGAGAGUAUAUCGGACUCGUGUUACUUGAGUAUGAAUGUCUCAUCUAUGGAAAACAGCGACGUCAUAUCGGAAGGCGUUGUUUCUAUUGGACAUGGUGACAAAAUUGGUCAUGUGAUUAAGGAUUCAUUGUGGAGACCGUUUUAG